GUAUUACUUUUCCUGGGAGAGCUAAGCAGCGGCAGCAGUCUGCGCGUGUUGCUAACAGAGAAGACGUCCAGAGACAGAGAGCAGCUGGAACCAUGAGACCACUUUUACUUGGAGUGCUGGGCUGCUCCCUGCUGCUGUCAGUCCGAGCCCUUUACUCCGCUAGUGAUGAUGUUGUUGAGCUCACCCCCUCCAACUUCAACAAGGAGGUGAUCCAGAGCGACAGCCUGUGGCUGGUCGAGUUUUACGCUCCCUGGUGUGGCCACUGUCAACAUUUAACUCCUGAUUGGAAGAAGGCGGCUACUGCCCUCAAGGGUAUUGUGAAGGUUGGUGCAGUAGAUUCAGACCAGCACAAGUCACUGGGUGGCCAGUAUGGCGUCAAAGGUUUCCCCACCAUCAAGGUCUUUGGAGCCAAUAAGAACAAGCCGGAGGACUACCAAGGUGGACGCAGUAGCCAAGCCAUCGUGGAUGCAGCCAUGAACACUCUGCGCACACUGGUAAAAGACAGGCUGAGCGGCAAGUCCGGCAGCUCCGGCUACAACAAACAGCAGAGCGGUGGGGGCAGUAAGGAGGAUGUGGUCCAGCUCACUGAUGACAACUUUGACAAGAUGGUGUUGGGGGGUGACGAGGUGUGGCUGGUGGAGUUCUUCGCCCCCUGGUGUGGACACUGCAAAAGCCUGGAGCCCGAGUGGGCAGCUGCAGCCUCGGCUGUCAAGGAGCAGACCAAGGGCAAAGUUCGCCUCGGAGCUGUGGAUGCUACUGUGCACCAGACUGUGUCCAGCCGCUACGGGGUCCGUGGAUUUCCCACCAUUAAGAUUUUCCGCAAAGGCGAGGAGCCGGAAGACUACCAAGGAGGCCGCACACGUGGAGACAUCAUCGAGAGGGCUGUGGACCUGUUCUCUGACCACGCUGCUGCUCCUGAACUGCUGGAGAUCCUCAAUACAGACAUCUUGAAGAAGACCUGUGAGGACAGUCAGUUGUGUGUAAUUGGUUUUCUGCCACACAUCCUGGACACAGGCGCAGCAGGUAGAAACGGCUAUGUGGAGGUGAUGAUGCAGAUGGCUGAGAAGUACAAGAAGAAGAUGUGGGGCUGGCUGUGGACUGAAGCUGGAGCUCAGAUGGAGCUGGAGGCCUCUCUUGGUAUUGGUGGAUUUGGCUAUCCUGCGAUGGCGGCAAUCAACCUACGCAAAAUGAAAUUUGCUCUGCUCAGGGGCUCCUUCAGUGAGACUGGCAUUCAUGAGUUCCUCAGGGAGCUCUCUGUAGGCCGUGGCUCGACUGCCACAUUGGGAGGUGGCACCAUGCCCAAGAUCCAAACUGUUGAACCCUGGGACGGCAAAGAUGGACAGCUUCCCGUGGAGGAGGACUACGACCUCAGUGACGUAGACCUGGAUGAUGACUUUGAUAAAGAUGAGUUAUGAGCCCGACCAGGGCGGGAACUGACUUGGUUCAAUCUGGUCUGGUCCUGUGCGACCCCGCCUCCCCUCUCCUGUGGACAAAUGGGAGGCCCGGUUGCCCAGUUACUGAAAUAUUCCAGAAAAGACACAUGAGACACCUGCAGUUUCUCACAUCAUCUUUGUCAGUCACAUGGGGGGGGGGGGGGGGGGGGGGGGGGGGGGGGGGCAUGUGUCAUGUCUAUGGAGUGAACUCUGCCUCACAUACCUGCUGAACAUUAGAAGCUGCAUGUUUAUACGGCAGCCGCCAGCUGAGAGGGGGAGGAGGCUAUGAAUGUGGCAUUUCAGUUGUUCAUUCGUCUUUUUCAAAUGUUGUUCGUCUCUCCCCUUCUCAGCCACCCUCACGUACCUGUUUUAAAAUGUGGACUUGUCAAAGUAACACUUUAAUAUCAACCUUAUGUGACUCUUUCUAUAUUUGUUUUUUUUUCUCCUUUUUAAACCAGUAAGGGAGAAUCUUGCUGGGUUUUCAUGUUUGUCCACAAGGGGAUACUGUGGGACUUGUGUAGAUUUUUCUUACACGACUUUAUUUGAAUUGUGUGAAAACAAAAUUUUUGUUACAAAAAUAAAAAGGAAUAAAAACAA